UGAGAAUCUAUAAUCAGUAGCUGCCUGCACGUCAUUGUUAUUAAUGCAGGGGCUGAUGCUCAUUGCUGACGGGACUGUGGCGCAUUUCCUUUGCACUCAGAAGGGGACAGCUCUCUUGUGAAUAGCCAGGUUGGAUGAUGAUGUGCUCCUGUGGAUUAUCUCCCGUCCAUUCUAACAGCAGUUGAGAUGGCUCGUUGUCAUGACAACAAAUGACUUGUGAGGUGUUUACUUGCGAGGUCUGAACGAGGAUUCGAAGUGUGCUUUGUUUGAUAGUUGCUAUCAGAGAGGCUCAGGAGAGCAGCAUUAUUCUCAUAUUAUUAUUAGCCUUUAUUAUUUGUAAAGUCCAACAGGCUAUGCAUGAUGUCUUCUCGUGAGCCGGGUGUUUUAACAGGGAUUCCUUAGUUCAGUAAUGGCAGGAGCAUUUCAGCCACAUACACCUGUGCGUGACAGAGCUACUGAGACAGUGGCUUGCUGUGGGAUUAAACGAGUUAGCUAGGAGACCUGGAGGAGGCUACUGAAUGGCAUGGAAGAAUGCAAACAAAUUUUGGCUCGCCAGAAGUCCAACUCUCAGUCCGAUUCUCACGACGAUGAGAUUUCACCUCCGCCCCCCAAUCCCGUAGUGAAGGCCCGUCGCAGAAGAGGGGGGGUCAGUGCUGAGGUGUACACUGAAGAAGAUGCCGUGUCCUAUGUGAGAAAGGUAAUACCAAAGGACUACAAAACUAUGACUGCUCUGGCCAAGGCAAUUUCCAAAAAUGUACUCUUUGCACAUCUUGAUGACAAUGAAAGAAGUGAUAUAUUCGAUGCCAUGUUUCCAGUUACACACAUUGCAGGAGAAACGGUUAUCCAGCAAGGGGAUGAAGGAGACAACUUCUAUGUAAUUGACCAAGGCGAAGUAGAUGUCUAUGUCAAUGGAGAAUGGGUGACCAGCAUUGGAGAAGGAGGAAGCUUUGGAGAACUGGCCUUGAUCUAUGGAACCCCAAGAGCAGCAACGGUGAAGGCCAAGACAGACCUGAAACUGUGGGGGAUCGACCGGGACAGCUACAGGCGCAUUCUAAUGGGCAGCACACUGAGAAAGAGGAAGAUGUACGAGGAGUUUCUGAGCAAGGUCUCCAUUUUGGAAUCCUUGGAUAAGUGGGAGCGCUUGACGGUGGCUGAUGCUCUAGAACCCGUCCAGUCUGAAGAUGGUGAGAAAAUCGUGGUACAAGGAGACCCAGGAGAUGACUUCUUUAUCAUCACAGAGGGCACUGCUUCUGUUCUGCAGCGCAGAUCUGAUAAUGAAGAAUAUGUGGAAGUUGGAAGACUUGGUCCAUCAGAUUACUUUGGUGAAAUAGCUCUGCUGCUGAACCGACCAAGAGCUGCCACAGUGGUGGCUCGCGGGCCUCUGAAAUGUGUGAAGCUGGAUCGGCCCCGCUUUGAACGCGUCCUGGGGCCCUGCUCCGAAAUCCUCAAGAGAAACAUUCAGAGAUACAACAGCUUUAUUUCGCUUACCGUUUAAAACCAAUUAUGAUUUGCUGCCUCUGUGUUAUCUUGUGCACUGUGCUGUUGCAUAGCUUUCUGAAAACGAUAUGUGCAUUUGUUUAUGUAAGGAAUGUCAGAUGCACUGCGUAUGUGUAUUCAAACUAACAAAAAAUUCCAUAAGAAUAGUCCGCACAUAAAGAAUAAAAUAAAAUGAUCGUACAAGCAGUCAUGGUAUUUGGUUCAGUGACGGGUUACAGUUUAUUAGUGCGUGCCAUGUUUAUUAAACGUUCAGCUGCUGCAUAAUUCUAGGUUACAAUAUGUUACCAGUCCCAUUUUAAACUGUUGUUCUUUUUAUUUAUUUAUCAUAAUUCUGCUAACGCAGCUGUUUAGAGCUACUACAGUAUAUGAAUUCUAAAUGUCUAAAAAAGAGUACUGUUCUUUCAGGAACUGCACAAUUACUUUUUAUUAACUGUUUCAUAUUGCAUAUUCCUGUAUCAUUGACACACUGUACCACCCUGACCCCCCCCCCCCAGGCAAAUAAAAAGUACCAACAGAUUGUCA